AUGAGUAAUACUGAAAUCGAGUAUUUUAAAGCCAAGAAUAGGGAAUCUUGGUCAUUUUGGGAGUCGCUCAACAGCCCUAAGUACGUGGUGGCUCCCAUGGUAGACCAAAGUGAACUUCCAUUCAGGCUUCUAUGCAGAAGAUACUCCGCACACCUGGCAUAUACACCAAUGCUGCACGCGAAAAUCUUCUCGGAAAACGAAAACUAUCGCAACGUACACUUUCACACAUCAAGUGACGACAAGCCACUAAUAGCCCAGUUCUGUGCAGGCAAUGACCCAAAGACGUUUGUUCUGGCGUCAUCAUUCAUUAAAGACGAUGUUUCGGCAAUAGAUAUUAACUUGGGAUGUCCGCAGGGGAUAGCCAGAAAGGGGAAGUAUGGCUCAUUUCUGCUGGAUUACCCGGAUCUGAUAAACGAGAUAGUAAGAAGGCUGACGGAAUCUGGAGUUAACGUGACCUGUAAAAUUAGAAAGGUUGAGAAGGACUCACUACAGUCGACACUUAAUUUGUGUUAUUCAUUGGAGGCGAGCGGCUGCAAAGCACUAACAGUGCACGGAAGACACAGAAGUGAGAAGAGCGUAAACAUAAGAGAGUGCGACUGGGAGUCAAUUAGGAUAAUAAAGUCAAGAGUCAACAUACCAGUUAUCGCAAACGGCGGGAUUGAAAACUUUGAAGACGUCCAAAGGUGUUUGGACUAUACGGGGUUUGUGAAGCAACAACAUAGGUUGGCAUUUAGGGCGGAUGCAGUAAUGUCAUCGGAGGCAAUACUGGAGAACCCGUACCUGUUCUCAGGAAGACAGUAUAACAACAUUGACGUCUUCGAGGAGUACCUGUCGAUACUGAAAGAGUCGCCAAGGCAAAAGCUGAGUUGCGUCAAGGGCCACGCGUUCAAGAUGCUGUAUCGAUACGCGCGUCGUCACCACGACAUAAGAGACGCAAUAUCGAACGCAACCAGCAUAAAAAAGUUCGAAAGCAUAGUAGAGGAUCUCAGAAGAGCAGUGUCGAAGACGUCGUCGUACGAGGAUACGUGGUACAGACGCUACAGAACAAGUUCAGCAGUGAAGCAGAGCUCAGUGAUUGCCUCUGAGCACAGAGCGGACGGAGAUUACAUAGAAAACUUUUUCGGCAGCUUUAUGAUAGACUAUUGA